AUCGCGGGCGCGGUCCAGAAGAAAUCUCGGAUAAUAGACGCUCGCCUCAAAAGCACGGCGGUUUGGCUGUCUUUCUUUCACUCUCACAGCCCGGUAGUUCAGUCCAACACACGCAAGAGCAAUGCCGUCCAACGAAGCUGUCGAGAUGCAGCACCAGCAGCGAUCUACACAUGUAGACACUGAGGCUGCUGGCCUCGACGAAGUCGACGGUGUCUACCGAUCUACGCAAGCUGAUGCGCAGGCCAUGAACCGAAUGGGUCGCUCACAGGAACUUGUGCGCCAUUAUCGACUAUUUUCACUUGUUUCCUUUGUCGUUGUUGCCACGAGUGCCUGGCAAUUGACCCUCUUCCAGGUCACACCAGCUCUUAUCAAUGGCGGUGCUCCGGCACUGCUCUGGUCCUAUCUAUGGUGCUUCGUUGGCUUCGUCCCCAUCAUCCUGAGUAUGGCGGAGAUGGCGAGUAUGGCUCCCAUUGCUGGCGCCCAGUAUCACUGGGUCAGUGAGUUUGCGCCAGAAAGAUACCAAAAGUUUCUGAGCUACAUGACUGGAUGGCUGUCCACGCUGGCAUGGCAGUCUGGCAACACCCAGGGCAUCUUCCUCCUCGGCACCCUCAUCCAGAGCAUCAUCCUCAUCAACAAUCCGGACUAUGCCUUUCCCAACUGGCAUGCCACCGUCAUUGCCAUUGGUGUCACCAUUGUCAGUGUGCCCUUGAGCAUCUACGGAACACACAUCAUUCCUUACCUACAAAACGCUCUCUUUGCGCUCGCCAUCGCAGCGUACAUUGGUUUCCUUAUCCCCAUCUGGAUCAACGCGCCCGUUGUCCCAUCGUCAGACGUCUGGACUAAGUGGGAGUUUACGGGCGGCUGGGAAAGCACGGUGCUCGCCGUCUUUAUCGCACAGCUGCCUGCCAUUACAGCCCGUACUGGCGUUGACACUGCAGCCCACAUGAGCGAGGAAGUCAAGAACGCAAGCAUGUCUGUCCCCCGCGUCAUGAUCAUCAUCUUCAUUGUCAACUUCUUGCAGACAUUCAUCACCUCCCUCACCCUCGUCUACCACAUCCCCUCUAUCGAGCAGUCUCUCGCCGACCCCAGCACAUACCCGGCCAUCUAUGUCAUCAAGCAGUCCAUGUCUACCGCCUGGGUGACUGUUCUUCUAACCAUUAUUUGCGCCCUCCUUUGGGUAGGUGUUGUCUCGUACUUGGCCGCCGUCAGCCGUGACCUGUACGCCUUUUCUCGUGACAACGGUCUUCCGUACUCGGCCUGGAUCUCCAAGGUCGACCCUAAGCUUCACACGCCCACCAACGCGUACAUUUUCAGCGGUGUCUUUGCCUGCAUCUUCAGUCUCAUCUACAUUGGCAGCCCUGUUGCCUUUUACGCCCUCACCUCGCUCUACGUCGUUGCCAUUAUCGGCUGCUACGUGAUUAGCAGCUCCUGCAUGCUCUGGAGACGCAUCUACUACCCCGAGACGCUGCCCUUUGCGCAGUGGUCCCUUGGACGAUGGGGUGUCCCCGUCAACGCGGCCGCUGUUGCAUUUGGUCUGUGGUCCUUUUUCUGGAGCUUCUGGCCGCAAUCGACGCCCGUCAUCGUGGGCCUGUUCAACUGGAGCUCGCCGAUUUUCGUGGCGACGAUUAUCAUCUCGCUAAUUUACUACUUUGUUGCUGGGCGCAAGCGCUACGAUGGGCCUGUGGUGUUGGUGGAGGGAAGAAAGAGACACAUGGCGUAGUUUAGCCGUUGGUGCGUUGCAUGAUCUGCACAAAAGUUAAUUACAAUUCGUACAUACUAUGUCACGCCAUGAAGCCUCCUUUUUUAAAUUAGUGGUGUAUCCAGUGCUAAGCUCUCUUCUUUAGCGGCCGCCACAGUGAUCGGGGGGAGCCUAACUUGGGGUCCAGACGUUUCGCAUCACCUUCCGCAACAAGAGCCAACAGCUCAGCGCUGCGCUUGGUUGGUGUGUCGGAUAGUGGACUGCAU